AUGUCUGACGGAAUAGGAAUUGCAAAUUUGCCCAACCAGAGGCACAAGAUCACAUCACAACAUGGAGCUCAUUUCACCAUAAUGGUAGUUGGUGAAUCUGGUUUAGGAAAAACGACACUCAUCAACACACUUUUCGCUACUGAGAUUUGUGCUCCUAGGAAUUAUCGUCAGAGAUUCGCUAAACAGUUAGACAAAACCACUGAAAUCGAAAUUCUUAAAGCUGAUUUAGAAGAAAGAGGAUUUAACAUCAAAUUGACCGUCGUUGAUACCCCUGGAUUUGGAGAUUAUGUCAAUAACCGAGAUAGCUGGACACCUAUCAUCGACUUCAUUGACGAUCAACAUGAAUCAUACAUGAGACAGGAACAACAACCUCACCGAAAAGAAAAACAAGAUUUGAGAAUUCACGCUUGUUUGUAUUUCGUUAAACCGACUGGUACAACCCUUAAACCUCUCGACGUGGAGAUCAUGAAAAGACUUGGUACUCGAGUAAAUCUAAUCCCCGUCAUUGCCAAAGCGGACACUAUGGUUCCCGAGGAUCUACUGAACUUCAAGACUAUCAUCCGGGAGGUAGUCGCGGCUCAGGGCAUCAAGAUCUAUACUCCUCCCAUUGAUCCAGAGGACGAAUCAGUUGCAGAACAUGCUCGAGUAAUGCAAGCGGUUAUGCCUUUCUCAAUCAUUGGUAGUACUCAAGAUGUUACCACUCCCGAUGGAAGAGUCGUCAAAGGUAGAGAAUACCUAUGGGGUGUUGCAGAAGUCGAAAACGAAGAUCAUUGUGAUUUCAAGAAGUUACGAUCACUUCUAAUCCGAACAUACAUGCUGGAUCUAAUCACUUCGACCGAAGAGAAUCAUUAUGAAGCUUACAGAUUGGCUCAAAUGGAAACUAGGAAAUUCGGAGAGCCAAAGGUCAGGAAAUUAGAUAAUCCAAAAUACCGUGAAGAAGAAGAAAUGUUAAGGAAAAGAUUUACUGAGCAAGUUAAAUUGGAAGAAUCUAGAUUUAGACAAUGGGAGCAGCAUCUUAUUGCGGAAAGAGAUAGACUUAACAAGGAUCUCGAACAAGCUCAUACGGCAAUUAAAGCACUAGAGGCCGAACUCGACCAAGUCGCGGCUUAUCACAGACAAGGAGGAACAGUCGGAAGAAGAUAA